AUGACCUCACUACAGUACGUUCACCACGUACACACUAGGGCAUGUAAAUUGCUACAAUUGCCUAGGAACCGCAGACAAACCGCGUCGCGCCGCAGGCAAAUUUGUACUUUCACUAAGCGGUCUUUAUAUAUCAUUACUAAAUUGCAAGUCUUCAUUAACAGUAGCACGGCGAUUGUGGAGUCGAGAGUCAUUCAAUUAACGAUGUACGCUUGUUUUGUGUUUCUUGGUUCCCUCCUCUACACUCAAGCACUGCUGGUCGACGACUUUGAAACAAGCCCCUUGUUCGUCAGCAGAGAAGCAAAGAUCGAGAAAAGAAUAAGAAAAGAGGAGAUAGAGUGCAACGACAAUGGAGAAGCCAACUGUGGCUACUUUGUCAAAUGGAACCUGUGCAAAGUUUAUAAGCAGUUUUUGAGAAGAAAAUGUCGCAAAAGUUGCGGGAUGUGCGGACAUGAAAAUUGUGCUUACUCUCUUUACGGUUGUUGUUGGGAUAGAAAGACUCCAGCAACUGGUCCCAACGGAAUAGGGUGUCCAAGAAACUGCCACAACAGGCUUGGCACUCACAGAUGUACCCUGCUCAAAAUACUUGGCGGUUGUUACAGGUUCCAGGAGCUUAUGUUCGACAAAUGUUACGGAGUGUGUUUUUGUGACUGGGUAGAAAACACGUUCACAACAGACUGUCCAGAAAGCAAGUAUGGAUGUUGCUGGGAUGGAUUCUCUCCAGCCGAUGAGAACCAAGAAACCUGUCCAAUUUGCAGGGAUUAUCUGCCAAAGAGAAUAUGCGAGGAAUUCCGCACUCUUUGUGGAGCAUAUGGCUAUCUCAGUGGAUGGCAGAUGCGAAAAGCAUGCGCGGAAACCUGCGGGAUUUGCACGAAUUUCAACCAACUUUCUUUGUCAAGGUACACUGAGGCAUUAGUGAAAACUUCUUGACUCUUGUUUCCAUUUUUGAUUUAGAGUCUAGGGCAUAAAGAAUUAAAAAAUUUUUCCAGUGGCGGUCACUUGGACAAAUAUUUUGGGGGGCAAGCCUAUUGUUUUGAUAAGAUGACGUCACAUUUUCACAUUGUUUGGGAACAAAAGACCAUUGUCCUUGGAAAUAUUGUGGGCGAGCGGUCCCCUCCCACUUCGCCCCUAGGUGUCCGCCACUGGUUAUUUCAUCAUAAUAAAAGCCAAGUACAUUGUGACAAGAGCAAAAGAAAUGACUGCUGAAUUGUGAAAUUAUGAAGUCGCUUCAAUUCAAAACUUAAUACUUAAUAUGAGUACGAAUUUUGAUAUUAUUACAUAAUUGUUUACUUAAUCCAAGGUUGCAGGGUUAAUACCGAGUCUUAAUGAAUAUUAACGUUAAUAUCUACCAACAAUUGAUCCAUAUUUUAUAUGCAAGAUUUUGUUCAAAUAAACAUUAUAGUUUUCAUAUAAUAUGUGACUGACAUCCAUAAAAGAA